CGGCGGCGGAGGAGCUCCUUUCCUCUUCUCAGACCCCAGAGCGUCCGGGACGCAGAGCCGGAACUGGGGAACGCGGCGACUGCGGGGGUCCGGGAGAGAAUCUCCCUGGAAAAAGAGACAUGAAUGUCUGCAAUGAUUUUUCUUGACACGAAUUUGAUAUGAGAGAAGAAAAAGAGAUCGACGGCUAGUGAACAGGUUUCAAAUAACCAGGAUUUUGUGUUUAUCACCUCCAACUACAGCCUUUGGUGGCCUCCUUUUAAAUCAAAGAUAACUACAGUCAGAACCAAGACAAGGCAAAAUAAUACUUCUCUUCUGCAUUUUUUGAGAUUAAAGAAACCUGCAAUGUCUAGGAAACAAAACCAGAAGGAUUCAUCAGGAUUCAUUUUUGAUUUGCAGUCCAAUACUGUACUGGCCCAAGGAGGAGCUUUUGAAAACAUGAAAGAAAAGAUAAAUGCAGUGCGCGCAAUAGUUCCCAAUAAGAGUAACAAUGAAAUUAUCCUGGUUUUGCAACACUUUGAUAAUUGUGUGGACAAAACAGUACAAGCAUUCAUGGAAGGUAGUGCCAGUGAAGUACUCAAAGAAUGGACAGUAACAGGCAAGAAAAAGAACAAAAAGAAGAAAAGCAAGCCAAAACCUGCAGCAGAACCAAGUAACAGUAUCCCAGAUUCCAAUAAGUCGGUUUCCACUCAAGAGGAACAAUCUGCGCCCUCCUCAGAGAAAGGUGGUAUUAAUGGUUAUCAUGUCAACGGUGCCAUCAAUGAUACUGAGUCUGUGGACUCACUCAGUGAAGGUAUGGAGACACUUUCAAUAGAAGCCAGAGAACUGGAGGAUCCUGAGUCUGCCACAUCAGAAAUGCUCAAUAGAACAGGAUCCAUGCUGGAGAAUGGUGUCUCUGAUUUCGAGUCCAGAUCUUUGACUAUGCACUCUACUCAGAAUUCUCAACAAAACAGGAAUGCUGCCAAGUCUCUCUCAAGAACUACUGUAGGACCUCAGCUUUCAAAUCUAAGCAUGGAAGAUGUUCCCCUCUCUUCCACCAAUAAAAAGCUUGGUUCUAAUAUUGAAAAAUCUGUGAAAGACCUCCAGCGCUGCACAGUGUCUCUUGCACGAUAUCGAGUUGUAGUUAAAGAAGAGAUGGAUGCUUCUAUUAAGAAAAUGAAACAAGCUUUUGCCGAAUUGCAGAGCUGUUUAAUGGAUCGGGAAGUGGCGUUGCUUGCUGAAAUGGACAAAGUGAAAGCUGAAGCAAUGGAAAUUUUGCUUAGCCGUCAAAAGAAAGCCGAACUUCUAAAGAAAAUGACUGAUGUGGCUGUUCGGAUGUCAGAAGAGCAGUUGGUCGAGCUCAGAGCUGAUAUCAAGCACUUUGUUAGUGAACGUAAAUAUGAUGAGGAUCUGGGACGAGUGGCCCGAUUCACCUGUGAUGUAGAGACCCUGAAGAAGAACAUUGAUUCGUUUGGACAAGUGUCCCAUCCAAAGAACAGCUAUUCGACCCGGUCCCGAUGUAGCUUGGUCGCAUCUGUGUCUUUGGGUAGCCCGUGUGACGCCUCUGCUGCUGCUGCUUCCACCUGCGCCUCUGCUCCCAGCCUUACAAGUGCUAACAAGAAGAACUCGGCACCGGGGGAGACGCCUGCAACCACAGCAAACUCCGGUGGCCGAUCCUACCAGCCUCACCGAGAGGUAUUGCCAGGAAACAGACGAGGAGGACAAGGCUACAGGCCACAAGGCCCAAAGUCCAGUGACCCCACUAACCAAGGGCGCCACGACAGUGUGGGUCGUUACAGAAAUACCUCCUGGUAUUCAUCUGGUUCCAGGUACCAGAGUGCUCCAUCCCAGGCACCAGGAGACACUAGUGAACGGAGCCAGGCUCACUCUGCAGGGACGAACGGGACCGGAGCCAGCAUGGAGCCCGGCCCACCCAAGCCCUCGUUCAGGAAGGGGCUCCCCCAGCGCAAACCUAGGACCUCUCAGCCUGAAGUUGUGAACUCCUGAGGAAGAUUCCAGCUGGUCUCUCUCUUCUUUCCCACACAAUUCAACUUGGUAACUGGACUUUAGGAAACCUAUAGUUAGAUGUAAUAACAAAAAGAAGUUUACCCAUAUCACUUUUUAUGCCAUUCUAAAUAUUUUGGUUUCUUCUCUCCUCGUUUCCUCUUUACCGUUUUUGGAAGGGAAGCUGUUUUUUUUCUUUUUUUUUUCCCUUGACCUUUUCCAGUGAGAUGGAUUGAUUCUGAUUGGUCAUUUCCACCAGAAAUCACAGGCAACUGUUGCCAGGUUUCCCAAGGGUAAGCAGUGUUCUUCCUGGGGCUCCAGGCCUUCCAGAGGCCUGAAGAAGCCUUCCUCAGCCAGCCCGACUGUCCAGGCGUUCAGAAGGAGAUGGAUCACGGCUGGUCUUGCUGCCUUUCUGUCGCAGCAGGAGCCGCACAUGCCUGUUGGGUUCCCUGUAAACAACAGCGAGAGCAGGAGAGGCAGCGAGGGGGUUGUGUACAGCUCUGAAUUGGCCAGAAAAGGGGGAAUUGAAUAGGUGAAAAUGGAAGGACCUUGGGACAUGUUUGAGACUCUGCCUGUGCUCCUAAACUGUGCCUGAGCCUGACACUCAGCAGUUUUAGUCUCUUGCUUGGCACCAUGGGUUAACCUGCGGUUUCUUCCAUAUGCCCAAGCCUUGUUUUCUAUUACCUUAGGCUGCAAACCAGUCUAGGGAAGUCUAUGGGAAGGUAGCAUUAAUUAAAGGGAAAAAAGUAUUUCUUCAUUUCAGUGUUUGAAGAUUUUUGUUGCUAUUGUUCUCCCUCUUUCCUGAUUCCCAUUCUGACCCUGAACCAAAUUUAUAGCAAUAUAAUUAGUGUUAAUCUAAGGUGUCAACCAUCCAAAAAUUGCUGCAGUCAGUCUUUAGAGUUGAAUAAAUAAAAACAAAUGCAUAAAUAUUCCCACAUUUGUUUCACCGCAGGAAGCGACUUCAUUUCAUUACUGUAUUUCUCUGGGCCUUAUGGGAUAGAAGUCACUCAGACAGCUUGUUUGGGGCUUCAGUGAGGGUAUCCAGUUCCUCAGUCAUUUGUCCACUGCUUUAGCUUCAGAACCAAAUUAAAUACAAAAGUCAGGGUGAGCAGAUGCAGCUAUUUCUCUUGGGAAGAGGUCUGUAGGAGACGGAAGGGUAACUUUCCAAAGGAGAACCUACCAGCUCUGAAAAAUCAACUGCCAGUAGCUCCAGCAGAGGCUCUGUCUGCACCCCUGUCCUCCACCCUGUCCCCUCACAGGAAUAGCGGGUGUCACUACGUAAUCAGGUUCCUGCACGUGGCAGGUGGUGCCGGUGUCAGACUGCCGCCCCAUAGCCGCCCCAGCCUCUAUGAUUUAAUCACAGCAGAGCUUUUUCUUCUCAGGGUCUGUUCUCCCAAGUCUGCCACCCAGGCUGUAAGUGGCAGUGGUGCAGAACCUAGCUGCCUCGGGGCUUCCCCUGGCCCUUUGGCUGAAGCUGAACUGCCAGGGUUCAGGUUGGUUGCACAGAUUGAGAGAGAAAGAGUGUGUGUGUGUGUCUUUCAAUAAAGAAAACAGUAGUCAAGGAAUACUGGGAAGCCAUUUUCUAAGGGGCUGGCUACCUCAUUUGGGGGAAUUUAUCCAACAACACCAUCUGCCUGCUGUUAUUUAGGGAAAAAGUCCUGCUUCUUUGAUUAAUUGGUCACCUACACUUCAUAGGAAAUUCAGAGAUUGAAGUGGCCUUGAAGGAUUAUGAGGUCUAUCCCUGUAUCCAGGCAAGACUGUAUUUAACCACCUAAACAGAUGGGAAGCCACAUGUUUGUCAAAACUGCCUUCAAGUUGAAAUUAAAAUCUUAUA